UUCUCUGUUUCAUAACUCCCACCAAAACACAAAAACAGAACAUAAGUCUUAACAAAAAAAAAACAUUUUUCAUUCCGACAAUCAUUACAAGAAUUAGUGUUGUAAUGGAUCAUUAUGAUGGGACUAAUCUGGCGGAGAUGAGGCCGAAGAGGCGUGCGGGACGCAAAGUGUUCAACGAGACACGCCACCCAGUUUUCAGAGGCAUACGGCGGAGGAACGGCGACAAAUGGGUCUGCGAAGUCCGAGAGCCGACGCACCAGCAACGCAUUUGGCUCGGGACUUACCCCACGGCGGACAUGGCCGCGCGUGCACACGACGUGGCGGCUCUAGCUCUGCGCGGGAGAUCCGCGUGUUUGAAUUUCGGCGACUCCGCCUGGCGUCUCCCGGUGCCGGAGUCGAACCACCCGGAUGUCAUAAGGAGAGUCGCGGCUGAAGCCGCGGAGAUGUUCAGGCCGGCGGAGUACGGGAGUGAAAUCACGGUUUUGCCCUCUUACGGUAGUGAGGUGUAUAUGGGCUCUGGUUCGGGAUCGGAUGAGAGGAACGUUUAUGGAUAUGUGGAGGAGGAAGAGGAAGUGUCGACUACUAUGAUGAGACUUGCGACAGAGCCGUUAAUGUCGCCGCCGCGAUCGUAUAUGGAAGGCGUGACUCCUAAUGGUUACAUGGAAGAAGAGAUGAGUUAUGAAGAUAUGUCACUCUGGAGUUACCGUUACUAAGCGGGGAUGCACAUUAGUAUGCCUAUGUUUUUUAAAAUAUGUAAUAUGGUAAAAUGCGUGCAAUAGUAUGUGUGAGUUGUAAGAUUUUUCCCCCUUGAGGUUUUUUUUAGAUCCUCUGGUUGAGUUAGGAAGCUCCCUGAUGGAAAUAAUUUUGUAUUGUAUUUGUAAGAAUAUGUUAUAAAAUGUUUGGGGUUUUAUGUA